CAAAAGAUUGUAAUUGAGGAAAUCUUUUGUGGGUACGUGAGAUUUUGAUUUAUCCUCCUCUAGAUUUUCGAACUAUGAUUUCCGGUCGUUGUGCUGCUUGCAGGUAUUUGAGAAGGAGAUGCCCCUCAGAUUGCAUAUUCGCUCCAUAUUUUCCAUCAAAUAAUCCUCAAAGAUUUGCUGCUGUUCAUAGAAUCUUUGGUGCCAGCAAUGUUGGAAGAAUGCUCCAGCAACUCCCACCUGAUCUUCGAGCUCAAGCUGCAGACACUUUGUAUUAUGAGGCAGAAUGCAGGGUAGAAGAUCCUGUGUACGGCUGUGUUGGGGUUAUUUCCCGAUUACAUGAACAAAUAGAUGAAGCAGAAUGUGAAUUAGCUAAGACACGAGCUGACAUUGUCAUCAACUCUGAUAUUGGACAACAAGCUCAAGUUCAGCAUAUUCAUGAUGAAGUUGAACACAACUCAAGCCUUUUGCAGGAGCAAAGCAAUGUUGGGCAGACUCAACUUGGUUCUUCCUCCUAAAGUUCCUAGGAGUAAUGAUCAGUUUUUUUUCUUAAUUAUGCCAGGAAAAACACAUGGUUUUAAUUCAGUAAUGUAACCUC